AUGUCUGGAGGUGGAUAUCAGACUCUUUCUAUCUCAACUCCCACUGCCCCUAUUACUCCUUCAAAUGGUCUGGAAAAUUCUAGCUCUGAUCCUGAUAUCAAUUCUGCUCAAGACUCAUCUCGUUUAGAUGCCAGCAUGCUCAUCAAAAGUGAAAAUUCACCCGAAGCAGCUGUCGGUAGCCCUGGUUUUGUGAUGGACCAUACACAUACUCAGUCUCAGACAGCUGUUUUGUCACAAAGCAUUGACACGGAUUAUAACUCAAAUUCAUUUAACUUUUCAUACGAUGGUAGUUUUUCAUUAUCGCCACAACAGAGUGUUGAUAUGAAGGAUCUUGAAAAAGCGGAUGCUGCCAGUGUUAUUUUGUCUAAUCAACCUCUGAGCAAUUCCUCUUUGUCUGCAGGAUCCAAUGCAAGUCCUAAGUCUUUCAUGGCCCUCAGCAUAAAUGAAACCAAAAAUGACAAAAUGAUCUCCGGCUUUGAUGGCCGAGUCGAUGGCCUCUCGCCACUAUCGGUAAUAGCCGUCUCUGCUUACCAAGAUGUUGGUCAUUCUAGUCCAAAUGUACCCAGCAGUAUACUCUCCAGGACUCAUGUGUUGCGGUACCACCCUGGAAGCGAUACCAUGCUCAGCGCUCUCAAUUACAAUGAGAGUGACAUGCUCCAGGAAGGUGGAUUUGAUGUACCUUCGUCUCAUAACUUUAGUACGCUCGAUGGCUUGCUGAGCUCAGCUAGCGCUCCGGGAAUGAGAUUGCCCGAUUUGUUGGAUGGAGACAUUAAUCAGGAAACCUAUAUUGAAGCUGGUCAAGAACUGCAGCUGUCUCCUCACAAUUUCCCCAAGAUGGGCGAUUCAUUUGCGAUAAGGGAAAGUUCUCCGUUGACUGGCUUGACUGGUGAUAACUCACAGAUAAAAACUGAAAUUAAAAGCAAAGUGAUUGAAAGUACUAGCAACACAUUGGGAUUAGAUAAACUGAAGGUCAAAGGAGCUCGUCCAGUGAAAGCGACGUCACCAAAUCGUCCUGGUACGCAGCCGUGUCCAACAUGUGGCAAAGUGUUCAGCAACUCCAGUGCUCUCACAAAGCAUAAAUUAACUCACAGUGAUGAGCGCAAAUAUGUUUGCCAAUUAUGUGCCAAAGCAUUUAAAAGACAAGACCAUCUAAAUGGUCACAUGCUCACUCACAGAAACAAAAAGCCAUUUGAAUGUGAUGCAGAAGGCUGUGGUAAAAGUUACUGUGAUGCAAGGUCUUUGCGGAGGCAUAAAGAAAAUCACCAUUCCAGUACAUCCUCUGCCAACAUUGCAGCAUCCUUAAAUAGCCAAGUGUCUGUGAUACCGGGUUUAGCACACUUGGGCUUCAACUCUCUUCAAAACUCCUUUCCUGCAAGUGUCAUCACUAGCAGCUCUGCGUCUGCUUUUACUGAAUCUUCCUUAGGCAACAGAAUACAGUAUGCUCCCCCUCCAACUACCACGUCUCUUUCUGGUCGAGUAACAUCUGCCAGCAGCGAUAAUUUAACAAGAACUGUUAGUAAUACUGUGGUUAGUUCUGUGAUACCAACAGCUGCAUCACACCUGCAAUUUCUUACAUUCCAGCAGCAGCCAUCUUCUAAGGCCCAGCAACAGGUGGUUUCUUCAUCACCAAAGAAUGUUUCAAGGUCAGAUACUAACACUGUCCUCACUUCAUGGCAACCUCAGACAAUCAACACUGGUGCUUUGCUCCUCGCACAAAACUUUGGAGCUUCACAGUCUAUUAAUCAGUCUCAAACUACACAAUUGAUAACCAGGAGCUUUGAAUCAUCUACUGCAGAGCAAGGGAACUCUUCAGGGUCUGAACUAUCCCAGUCACAGUUGCUUAAUCAGAGGCAGGAAUCUAAGGAAACAGAUGGAUUAUCUCAGGAUUCAAGAGAACAAAAUGCUUUAGAACAACCUGUUUUGUCCGAAACCUGCUUUGAAGUUGUCAAUUCUUCUUCUGGAACAAAACAAAUUGUCGCUCUUACAUCUCAAGGCUCCGUAAACCUACAAUUUGGAUCUGAUUCCAAUACAGUUGUCAGAUUACAGGACAGUACUGGGGACUCCCUCUAUGCAAGGUCUUCUGUGCAGAUUGUGAAAAUCGAGACUUCUGAUCAAAGUAACACUUCCUCAGUUCCAACUACCCCAACUACCAAAGAACCAAGCAAUUGUACCCAACUCGGGAGCCCUUUACUUCAACAACUUUUGAACCAACAACAAAGUGUAGAAGUAAGCAAUGCUGCUGCUGCUGCUGUUACUUCUGGUUCAGAACAAUCAUUUCUAUCUUCCUUGCAGGAGCAACAAAAGCAGUCCACUUCACAACAGUCAUCUGUAUUAAUUUCACCAUGGUCGCAAUCAACAUUUUACAGUCAAGAUCCUAAACCAGUUGAAUGCAGUUUGUGCCAAAGAAAAUUCAAGAACAUUCCUGCAUUAAAUGGUCAUAUGAGGCUUCAUGGAGGCUACUUUAAAAAGGAAAAUGAGUCAAAAAAGAGUGAUAAAAAAGGAAGUUCAACAUCUCAUAAUCCUCCUUUACAGACUGCUAGUACAAAUGUCAGAGCUCUGAUAGAAGAGAAGAUAAAUCAGAAAAGAAACUUCAUGCCUCAGACAUCAGUGCAGAAUAAUGUUUUAGACAAUAGCCAACCUCAAGCGCAGACUUUUACAUUUCAGGCCAGUCAGCUAACAAAUGAGCCACCACCCACUACAAACUUCAUUUCUCAUGUAUCACCAAUUCUGAGUCCUAUUGCCCAAGAAACCCCUUCCUUUAAUAAUUUCGUUUCUAGUCAAUCCUCUGAUCUCGAUUCCCUAACAGACAAUUUUAGUGCUGAAACUUGUGAUAUAUUAAAGAAGCUUGAUUUUAAAGAACAUUUCCGUGUACCUCACCCGCCUGCCGAGAAGCACAGGCGGCACUCGGAUUCCGAUCAUUUCAUCCACCCCAAGCGUCCCUGUACCUCAUUCACCAGCAGCGCUCUGGCAGAUCUACUGCGGAGUAGAGUGGUCGCCAAACGCACUUCUAGAACGGGCUCUGAUCCAGGCGAGCCCCUCAGCAUUGAUGCACAAACAUUUCCGAGCAUUUCGGACUCGCUGUCGUCCGUCAAUGAUCUUCCAAAGUUCACAUCCCUAGUCUCUUCUUCCCUGAGCGGCGCAAUGGUGGACGAUACCUCAUCUGAGAUGCACCAGCACGGUCUCACUGCCAUAACGCCGGAGGACGCCGCCUUGCCCAUCCUGUCUGCGGAAGACAUCCCGGAAGUGCAACCCAUGAUGAUGGGCAUUCGAGAUAUAUCCGACCUGGAUGCCCAGUGCCUGGAGCGAAAUGUAUUUUUUGAUAAUUCCAACAAUGAUCUCGGCGUCGAGCAGUCUUUCCCGGAAAUCUCAGUCAGUGAGCUUGAAAUGAUGCAGUUUGCUUCGGUCGUGACAACCUCUGCGCCGAUGUCUUCUGAGGUCAAGCCCGUGAAUGGCACUAAAAUGCGCAAUGGUGAUGACAGUAACGAUGAUGAUGUGUUUCUGAGUCCGACCAGUCUUCCAACAAGUCCAUUAAAACUGAAGAAAAAACGUAGGCCGGAGCCACUCUAUAUUCCACCAUAUGUGAACACUUGUGGGUUUACUAGUAGAUUGAGAUCUCCUAGAUUGUGGGAUCCUUCAAAUCCAGAUCAUAAGAAACUUAGCCCUCCUCCUUAUACCCCACCUCCAAUGCUCAGCCCUGUUCGUAGUGGUUCUGGUUUGUUUUGGCAUAUUCUUAGUGGAUCUGGAAGUUUAACACCAAAGUCUGCUCCGAUAACACCCAGCUUUAAUUUAGGACAUAAAGGAAGCGUUGGUGAAAGUACUCCUGAAACUGAAGAGGAAUCAAUUGAAGCACCUGAAUCUGAUAUACAUCCGCAUGUAAACAUAGGCUCAAAUUACCAGGCAAAAAUACCCCAGUUUAGCCAUAACUUUAAAGAUGCCCUUCUUGUUGAACACAAAGCUGAUAAAGUGUGGGAUCCCUCUACUUUAGAUGGAAUUUCUGAGGAAGAAGUUGACUCAUAUCUAGAAUUAGCUUGUUGUGCUGUUGUCCCUGGUGGGGGUCAGAAUAAAGAAUUUGCAUUGCAUUUACUUCAACUAUGCAAGGGUAAUAUCAAGGAUGCUGUAUUAAAUUUGAUGAACUCAGGGCUCAAGCUUCCUCCAAAUCAUCCUCUCCUGACAUACCAGUAUUGCGAAAAUGAUAGAUGGAGUCCUGAAGAAAUUGAGACUUAUCACCAAGGAUUACUGAGAUGUGAUAAAGACUUCUUUAACAUUGCCAAAGAUAUUUCAACUAAAACUGUAAAGCAGUGUAUUCAGUUUUAUUAUCUGUGGAAGAAAGUGUGUCCCGAUGAAUAUAAAAGAUUGCGACUUAUUAGGAGAAGAAAAGAGCAGGAGAGUUUGUAUUAUAAUCUUAGGUCUAAAGAGGAGUCUCAAGAUGAUGAAGAAAAAAGUUUGAAACACAGUUCUUCACCACCUUGUUCUACAACUCGAAAAGCUGCUAUUGAAGAUGCACCUGAGAAUGUGUCAAUAAAUGGAUCAUUACCUACUGAUAAAUGCACCACCAAAUCCUCUGGCCAUGGCAACUCUCCUGCUGUAACAACAUCUACUUAUAAUGGUUCUAACCUGUCUUCGGCGUAUGAUUUCCCUAUUGAGCCUCUUGAAGAGUUUCCUUGUAAAAUCUGUGGCAAAAUUUUCUCCAAAGUCAAGAGCCGAAGUGCGCAUAUGAAGAGCCAUCGCCAGCAAGAUAGCGACAAGAAGAAUAGGUAUGAGUGCUGA